AACUGCACCACCAAAUCACACCUUUGCCUUUCACUGUAAAUCCAUGGCACUUGGCACCCCUCAGCCCCUGUGUUUUCAUUUCAGCAAUCCUUUUUCAGUCUUUGGCGGGGUAGCUCGUUUGGAUCAAAAACGUUUUUGGGCUGUAAUAGGGGGGCAUGGGCAAUCUGGUCAUUUUCAUUCGCACCCUGGGGGCUAGGGUUUCGCGUCCCAUUUAUAUAAGGUGGUCUUUUUAGAUCUGCUGCGGCUGGUGCGUGUGUCGGUUCGGUCCUCUCUCUCUCUCUCUCUAUCUCUCUCUCUCUCUCUGUGCGCGCUCACACAGUCCUUCACUCCCUCACUGCAUGUCGGUUUCUCUUAGAUUCCCAUACUUUCCGUUUCAGCAACCGUAGAUUCUCUCAUUUAGAAUAAGCAAACAAACGCUUCAUUUUCUAUUGUGCUCUCUGGCCCUGAUUCGCUCUACUCAGUGGUCUCUCUGAUCUCUCUGUUUUGAUCCUGAUAGUUCUGCGUUCCGCAAUAGAGGUUGUAGGAGUCACCCACUUUCUCUUUAGAGCAAAACCAAGCGAUUCCCAGUUCAGCUUUUGGGUUUCUCUUAUCUGGGUCUGGGGUCUGGUUCAGAUCUUCAUGAUAGAUUGCAAAAACAUGGUGGAUCUGAGCGAUAAAGGAUCGGAGUCUGAGGACGUGAAUAACAAAAACCCAAAUGGGGUUUCAUCCGAAGAAAGCCACAAGAAGACCUGCGCCGAUUGCGGUACGUCUAAGACCCCUCUCUGGCGAGGAGGCCCAGCUGGUCCCAAGUCGCUAUGUAAUGCGUGUGGGAUCAGAAGCAGGAAGAAGAGAAGAGCUACUCUGGGUUUGAACAAAGAGGACAAAAAGCCCAAAAAAACAAGUAUUGGCGGCGGCAAUAAUAGUAAUAAUAAGCAGAGGCUUUUGGCUCUGGGAAGAGAGGUGUUGAUGCAGAGAUCGUCGGUCGAGAGGCAGAGGAAGAAGUUGGGGGAGGAGGAACAAGCGGCUGUGCUGUUGAUGGCUCUCUCUUAUGGCUCUGUUUAUGCUUAGGCCUUGAAAAAAAAUACAAGGCGUUAGAAAUUUUAGGAGUUGGAUGUGGAUCCUAACCUUAGAAGUGUGUCUGCUCUUCUAUUAGUGUUAUUUAUUUUUUAUUUUUAUUUUUUAGGGGAAUUUGUUCUUUAAUUUCUAUAGCUGUUUUUAGUACUUAACUAACUGUUUUCGGGACUCUGGAAGAGUAAUAUCAAGAAGUGUAAGAAAUGGAAAUCGAUCCUAAUUUUGCUGUUAAA